ACCGGGAAAACUUUACCAGCCUCUAUAGUGAAAUCGUUUCCCGCUCAAGUUUCUGUGUAGUGUAGCGUACCAGCGUGCAUAAUGACCGUGUAUUGUGUAACCUAAUCGCGAGGUUCACGGAUUACAUGGAAGUUUAUUUUUGAUUAUGAUAUCUCACGACAAGACAAUUAUUGAAGAAUUAUUGAAGAAAACUAAAUUUUGAAAUGUGAAUAUCAUCUCUUAACUCUUUGUCUAUGAUUUUAAAAACUGGAGUGGCAUAGUUAUGGCCACUGUCCACUAUGUUUAAUAUUGUCUCUUAAACUAAUUUAUCCGUUGACUUUCGUAUCUCAAACUUCCAUUAAUCAUAAUUCCGUCACAAUAACUGAUCAAUUUAUGUAAUUUUAUAUUACAUACUAGUAAUUUUGUCUACAUUGAUCACCGCUUACACAACAAAACAGCCAGUAUGUCGAGUUUUUCUUCAUCUGUGAACGAAUCGAGUUCUGAGGAGGAAUUUCAAUUAUUUAAAACCCAACUGAAAAAGGUUCAAGAUUUUAUCGAAGAAUGCAACAACAAAAUUGUCAACAAGACAUUAUGUGCAAAUGAUUUAUCUCUCAUGAAGAUAGAAAUGAAAUACUUGACAGAACUUGAGCAGCAAGUGACUUCAGAAAAAAUGAAGUCCAGUUAUGUGUUGUACAAAACCUUAUCUUUGAAAAUGGUACAAGAAUCUUAUCGUAUAUGUAGCUGGCUAAUAGAAAAGCAAUGCAGUGAAAUGGAUAAUAUGUUUGAUAUAGAUACAUAUGUUAUUAAAAUAAUUGAAGCAUGUGAUGAUAAAGAAGAUCCUUUAAGCCACAUAGACACUAUAUUCAACGGUGCUUUUAAAAAUAUAAAUUGUUUUAAUUUAAAUUUCUACGGGAAUAUUAAAUCGGAAGAAUCUGCUGAAACCCAAGUAAUAACACAAUCAAGGAAAGAAUACAGAAAAUCUCAAAAAAGACCUUUAGAAGAUCAAGUGGUUCCCGUUGAAGUAGGUAGUGAUACUGGUGACAACGAAUUACAAAUAACUUUAUCAAAAGUUAAACACUGUUUGAAAAAAGCUUUAAUAAAUAAUCAAGGGAAUCCAAUAUCAUUCUAUGCAUUUGCUAUUGAUCCAUUUAGCUUGACAUUUACAAUAGAAAAUUUAUUUCAUUUGGCUACAUUAGUAAAAGAUCAUUUUGUCGAAAUAAAAAGAAUUUCAGAUGGUGAAAAUUAUGAAUUUUCAACUAUAACAUUAGCCAAAAAAAGAAAUACAAAUGAUAAACCCAAAACUGAUGAUAAUAUAUCUUCUUUAUUCACAAUGAACUAUGAACUAUGGCAGUAUUAUGUCAAAAAAUUUCAUAUAACUGAACGAAUGAUCAAACAAGAUGGUGAUGAUUAACUAUUUAAAAUGAUUAUAAAAAUAUAUUGAUGAUUUUCUACAAAA